AUGAAUUUCGAUGCAGAGAAACAAGGCUCUCACUAUGACUACGUAUCUGGCUUCGGGUCGCUGGCCAGUUUCAUGGCCAGUGAUAGCGAUCACAGCCCCUUCGUCUUCAGACGCUUCGAUAAAUUGGCGGCACGAGACCUGUUAUACUACCAGAGUCAACUAGCCCAGAUGCAAGCUGAGCAAGACGAGUUGGAUGUCCACGACAGGAUCGACAUUAAUAGCACUGAGGAUGGAGGAGAAGAGCACCGCGACCGGAUACGGGACUGCGUUCAAGACUGGAAAUGUUUUGAGCAAGCCGCCUUACACUCGGCCUCCUUGGCUCAAAAUCCCGCAGUUGGCACAUCAAGUGAAGCAUGGAAGAAAAGAAUGGACCUCGCGAUGAGGAUACGCACGACGUUAAAGGACUACAGGGAAGCUCUCAUCCAGGAAUCAGCUUUCCUAGCCAUGCCGACUCCAUCGCCUCAGACAAUGACAGCAAUAUCCCGUUAUUUCCAUGGGUCCGCAAAGUCUCCCAACGGAGGAUUCGCAGCCUCCGCCCCUUACUCCAUGCUCUCGGGAGCCAGCUCCUCCCUAUACCCGCCCAAUAUAAGCUCAAGCAUGGCGCAGAUCCGUGCUUCAGACUACGUCUCCCUAUCCAAGCAGUCAGAGCCAGAUCUCCUCACAUAUCUACUGCGGACAAAGUUAUCACGGCUUUUCAGAACGACGCCGCCGCCGCCGACACUCCCCCUAUACCACAACGGGCGCCCGCAGCCUACCAUCUCGCACCUCAGCCGGUCCACGAUAAGGUACUUCUCGUACGAGCGAAUACGGUUUGCAGCGCUAUUUAUAACCACCCUAGCGGCGGCUCUCCUACUCUUCACGCCCAUUUUUACCUUUUAUAAUGUAUCGGCAUCGCGGCCGUCGCUGACGCUGGGCUUAAUUGCGAUGUUCACGAUAAUCUUUGCGGGGUCGCUGGCUGUGAUAACGAAUGCUAGCCGGUCGGAGAUCUUUGCUGCAUGUGCGGCGUAUUCGGCUGUGCUUGUGGUGUUUAUCAGUGGUGAUUUUGCCUCUGGUGGUGGUGCGACGGAUAGUUUGGUGGCAUGA